UAACGCAUUUCUCUGUUGAUCUUUGGGGAGUAUGUCGGGGGAAGGGAGACAAGAUUUUAAGAAAUCAAAGAUUUAAUAUCUCGGCCUUAUAGUCUUAUACUCCUUUCAUAGGGGUUCCUUUUUGCUGUGUUAUUUUGGCUGCUGCUCUCUGGCCUUGCCUUUAAACCCACUCGAGGUCGGGGAGGGGACAAUUGGUGGUCAGUUGGGGGACAGUUCUCUGGUCUGCAGUAUCUUUAGCCCCUGCCUCUUCGGCUUACAUCCCUCCCAGGCACAGAGGCUUGGCCCUGAGCCAGUUGGCCGCAGAUUGCCCUGGAAGGGUUGUGAGUGGUCAGACAGGUGACUGAGAGCUGGGACGCCUGAGGCCUGCCCCAACUGAGUCACUGCGCUGUUGUUGUCACUAUCCUUGUUGAAGUCCCUGCUCAGUGCCCCAGACCUCUGUGGAAGCAGCGGCAGAGCCUAUCCUUCCAAGCUUUCCAGAGAAGCUAGUGGUGUGAUGGUGAGGCGAGUGGGCUGGGGGGGGGGCAGAGGGCGGCUGGGGCGGUGGGGAGACCUGGGGCCUGGAUCGGCGCCUCUUCUCCCCAUGCCGCUGCCUCCUCUUCCUCCUCCUCCAUGUCGGGGGCCUGGCGGAGGGAGGAUUUCCAUCUUCUCUCUGUCCCCUGCCCCUCACACAAGAAGCUCUCCUUCCUCAGCUCCCCCUCUGGCCCUGGGACCCCCCCGCCCAGCGGUGCAGGCCCCAGGGGCCUCUCAGCCUCGCCACAGUGCCCUCCCCACCCCAACAACACAGGCACAGCCCACGAUGACCCCCACCUCUGCUCCCCCCUCUUGGGGCUCUCACUCCGCCCCACCCCUGGCCUCAGUGACUCCCCCUCCCUCACGCCGAUGCCCCCAGGACCCUCCUGGGCUGCGGAUAGGCCCUCUGAUCCCUGAGCAGGAUUAUGAACGGCUGGAAGACUGUGACCCUGAGGGGUCCCAAGAUUCACCCGUCCACGGGGAAGACCAGCAACCCCUGCUCCAUGUGCCCGAAGGGCUCCGAGGUUCCUGGCACCACAUCCAAAAUCUGGACAGCUUCUUCACCAAGGUCUACAGCUAUCAUCAGAGGAAUGGUUUUGCCUGCAUUCUGCUGGAGGAUGUCUUCCAGUUGGGACAAUUCGUCUUCAUUGUCACCUUCACAACCUUCCUCCUUCGGUGUGUGGAUUACAACAUCCUCUUUGCCAACCACCUGAACAACCGGACGAGACCUGGGUUGCUCCACAACAAAAUAACCUUGGCAGAUGCCAUCCUGUCCUCCUCCCAGUGUGCCCAGCGGAUCCGCUCCAGCCCCCUGCUGGUCUUCCUGCUGAUCCUGGCUGCAGCCUUCUGGCUGUUACAGCUGCUUCGCUCGGUCUGCAACCUCUUCAGCUACUGGGACAUCCAGGUGUUUUACAGGGAGGCGCUGCACAUUCCCCCGGAGGAGCUCAGCUCGGUGCCCUGGGCCGAGGUGCAGUCCCGCCUGCUGGCGCUGCAGAAGAGCGGAGGGCUGUGCGUGCAGCCGCGCCCGCUGACCGAGCUCGACGUGCACCACCGGAUCCUGCGCUACACCAACUACAAGGUGGCGCUGGCCAACAAGGGCCUGCUGCCCGCCCGCUGCGCGCUGCCCUGGGGCGGCAGUGCCGCCUUCCUCAGCCGCGGCCUGGCGCUCAACGUCGACCUGCUGCUCUUCCGCGGGCCCUUCUCGCUCUUCCGCGGGGGCUGGGAGCUGCCCGACGCCUACAAGCGCAGCGAGCAGCGGGGCGCCCUGGCCGCGCGCUGGCGGCGCACGGUGCUGCUGCUGGCCGCCGUGAACCUGGCGCUGAGCCCGCUGGUGCUGGCCUGGCAGGUGCUGCACGCCUUCUACAGCCACGCGGAGCUGCUGCGGCGCGAGCCGGGGGCGCUGGGGGCGCGCCGCUGGUCCCGCCUGGCCCACCUGCAGCUGCGCCACUUCAACGAGCUGCCGCACGAGCUGCGCGCGCGCCUGGCCCGCGCCUACCGGCCCGCCGCCGCCUUCCUGCGCGCCGCCGCGCCCCCCGCGCCGCUGCUGGCGCUGCUGGCCCGCCAGCUCGUCUUCUUCGCCGGCGCGCUCUUCGCCGCGCUGCUCGUGCUCACCGUCUACGACGAGGACGUGCUGGCCGUGGAGCACGUGCUCACCGCCAUGACCGCGCUCGGGGUCACGGCCACCGUGGCCAGGUCUUUCAUUCCGGAAGAGCAGGGCCGCAGUCGCUCCCCGCAGUUCCUGCUGCAGGCGGCUCUGGCGCACAUGCACUACCUCCCGGAGGAGCCCGGCCCCGCGGGCAAGGCCAGCGCUUACCGGCAGAUGGCGCGGCUGUUGCAGUACCGAGCGGUCUCCCUCCUGGAGGAGCUCCUGUCCCCUCUCCUCACUCCGCUGUUUCUGCUCUUCUGGUUCUCCCCUCGUUCUCUGGAGAUCAUUGACUUUUUUCAUCAUUUCACUGUGGAUGUGGCUGGCGUUGGGGACAUCUGUUCCUUUGCCCUCAUGGAUGUGAAGCGCCACGGGCACCCUCAGUGGCUCUCGGCGGGCCAGACAGAGGCCUCCCUGUCUCAGCGCGCAGAAGAUGGAAAGACUGAGCUCUCCCUGAUGCGCUUCUCCCUGGCCCACCCACAAUGGCGCCCCCCAGGGCACAGCUCCAAGUUCCUGGGGCAUCUUCGCGGCAGGGUACAACAAGAUGCGGCAGCCUGGGGCGCCACCUCCGUUCGCAGCCCCCCCACACCUGGGGUGCUCAGCGACUCUUCCUCACCUCUGCCCGAGGCCUUCCUGGCCAACCUCUUGGGGCAGCCCCUCCUGCCCCCACGGGACCUGAGCCCCACAGCCCCCUGCCCAGCUGCAGCCACAGCCAGCCUCUUGGCCUCCAUUUCCCGCCUUGCCCAGGACCCGAGCUGUGUGUCCCCAGGAGGCACUGGGGGCCAGAAGCUGGCCCAGCUUCCAGAACUUGCUUCUGCUGAAAUGAGUCUUCAUGCCAUCUACCUGCACCAGCUCCAUCAGCAGCAGCAGCAGGAACUGUGGGGUGAGGCUUCAGCCUCUUCCCUGUCCAGGCCCUGGUCCAGCCCCUCCCAGACACUCUCGCCUGACGAGGAGAAGCCAUCCUGGUCAAGUGAUGGCUCUAGUCCUGCCUCCAGCCCCAGACAGCAGUGGAGAACCCAGAGGACCCAGAAUCUGCUCCCUGGAAGGUUUCAGGAGACCACGGACACCCAGAAGGAGCCUGGUCAGGCCCCUAGCGCUGACUGAGAGGGCUCCUCGGGGUUCCCUGGCUUGUCCAGCUAUAGGAGAUCAGACAAGAUGGAGUGGAAGGACAUGACGCCGAGCCUUCUUUAGAGAGACCCCCCCACCCCCGCCCCAGACCAGAGGCCUAAGGAGGCUUUAGUUGGGCAGGAGUUGGGGGAGGUUAGUGAUGAGCUCACUCCAGAGAGCAGAGAAAGGGUAGGAGAGGAGAUGCCAAAAGAUCUGGAAACAAGUCUCAGAGAUGAUCCCCACCUGGAGGGGCUGAGGGGACACCACCCCAGCUAGCUGUUCUUGACCAUCUGGCCGGGAAGCAAUUGCCAGUUAUCCUUAGGGUGGAGGACAGGGCCAAGGUAGAGGCCUAGCUAAAUGUAAGGGAAACAGAGAGAGACGGGACCUGAUGGCAGUGUGCUCUCCAAGCCAGCCUGGCCUUCAGGGUCCCGCGGGACUUGUGGAGGAGAGCUGUGGGGAAUUGUGAGUGGAAAGAGUACGGAGGGCUGAUGUUUUUGGAGUUCAGCACUGAUGUGACGUCAGAGGAAGUAGGUGUGUCUCCUCUUCCUGCUUGAAACCAGCAGUAAAGGUUGCUCAGGGCUGUGUCGCACAUCUUUGUGACCUUAGUCUCUGGCAUUCCCACUCCUGGCAGCUGAGGGCUGUACCUGCUUCUCAAUCAAGAGUAAAGAAGCAACACCGUGCUCUCUCUGAUUGGCUGGAAACCAUAUUUCUAGAGCGCUGGGUCAGAGUGGAGUAUGUAGGCUAGGACCGCCUUCCAAAGAAUUACCACGACCUCGAUCUGCACAAAUU